GUAGCGCGCGCGUUUUAUCUAGUAAUAUUAAAAUUGUAUUAAAAAUAAAUGAACAAAAUAAAUUACUAACUUCAAAGAUUAGUAAUUUAUUAGAUUUGUACUUAAAUUUAUAUAAAAUAUAAUAUGACAUAUAAUAUUAAAAUUCAUUUACUUCGUAAAAUUUUCAAUUACUUUCUGUUCUGCAAUGAAUAAUUCUUAAUUGGCACAAUAAUGUCAAAUGUUACAAAAAUUAUAGAUGAAGAAAUAACUGGUCAAGCACCAAUCGAUUUAAAUAACAGAAUUGUGCGACGAACAAAAUUUCCACCGUUAAUAUUAAAUGGCCAUUGGUUAAAUGAUGGAAAUGCAAUUUUAUUUAAUAAUGGACAGAAAGCAUUUAUUUAUUUGACUGGAGAUAGAAUCCCAUCAACGAUAUGUGGAGGACCGCUAAAUGAUGAAUAUGAAUUUCACGAUGCACAUUUUCACUGGGGCGAGAAUGAUAGUAGAGGUGCUGAACAUACGAUCAAUGGUACUUGGUUUUCCAUGGAAUGUCAUUUAGUUCAUUGGAACAAAAAAUAUCUCAAUUUCGACGAAUGUUUAAAACAACGAGAUGGCAUUUGCGUGUUAGCUUAUUUAUUCUUGGUCCAAUCGAAAGCUUGUCAAUGUAGCAAAUUUGAAAAAAUCUCUGAAAAUUUAAAGUAUAUUCAGAAUGCUGGAUCAGAAACGAAAAUUCCAGCAAAUUCUUUAGCUUGGAUGCGAGUAGCGACAGAUUGUUCAAGUUAUUACGUGUACCAUGGAUCCUACAAUACAAACUCUAAUCCAACAUGUGUUACGUGGAUUGUAUUUCCAGUUAUCAUUCCCAUACAAUCUUCUCAACUCAAUGAGUUCCGAAAACUAAAAGAUAAAAAUGGUGAAUUCAUCAAAUCUAAUUGGAAAGAAGUUCAACCCUUACAAGGACGACAAAUAUUUUUAGCUGUACCUUAAAAAAAAUUAAUAUGUUAUUUUAACUUAAUUAAAUUAAUUAAAAUUUUAC